UUUUGACAGCUGUUGUCUGACUUUUUCCUUUCGUCGGUCGUUCUGUUUAAUUUUAUUUUGGUAAAAUACUUAGCAUUACUAUUUUUACCAUUGUAACGUACGGUCGUUAAAAUUGUUAAAUUAAAUAUUUAACGAAUAAUAUUAUUAUCGUGAUACGCUUUCCGGCUUAAGCGAAUUAUCUCAGUUAAACAAUGAGAGGACGGAUUCGAUAACAGCUUUUCUUCCCCACCUGAAACUGCAUCUGCGGUAAAGCGGCCGCGACCACGUACAUUCCAUCUGACCAUCGGUACUUUCUCUCUGAUGCGUUGCGGGUCGGUUAUUACUCAACACACCGUUGUGAGGUCUUGUGAGCAAAUCGCCAAUGUAUCAUAGCGGUAAUCUACAAUCUGCAGAAGUAAUGUCGGUCGUGUGAUCGUAUUUGUAUAGACUCGUAUAGCUAGAACGAUGUUUAGUGUGUAAUGUGUAAAAGUUGAUUGUUGUGAUGGUGGAACGCGAAGGGAUGCGGCGCGGAAGCGGCGGUGGUUGCGGUUGGGGCGGCGGCCUGCUAGGCCGCUGGUCCAUACGACGCUUACUCCUCGACAGUCCUCUCGUCGGCAGGAGGUUCGCCCACUCAGUGCUAGACCAAGGUCAAGAGAGGCAGGUGAAGUCUAACGUGGAACAGUCACAAAGCAGGCAGCAGGCCGCCGUGGAAUGCAUAGCUGAAGAUGAAGAGGGGGAAGUCAUAGAAUGUCCGUUAUGUCUAUCAAUGAUGAACACGAGUGGCAUGGUGCGGCUGGCGUGGUGCUCCCACCGCUGCUGCGAGCCAUGCCUCCGACAGUACCUAGCUAUAGAGAUAUUCGAGGCGAGAGUACCAGUAAACUGCCCAGUAUGCCAUGAGAAUAUGCAUCCUUCAGAUGUCCGCCGCAUCGUGGAUAACCCUGUUUUGUACGACAAAUAUGAAGAGUUCUCAGUGAGACGCGCCCUCGCCGCAGAUCCUGACACCAGGUGGUGUCCUGCGCCGGAUUGCAGCUUCGCGGUAGUGGCAACGGGGUGCGCGUCGUGCCCGAAACUGACGUGCCUAGCGCCCGGGUGCGGCGCGUCGUUCUGUUACCACUGCAAGGCGGCGUGGCACCCCACGCAGACCUGCGACGCGGCCCGCCGCAGCCGCCAGCCGCCGCCGAGGGCGCCGCAACCCUCGCACGCGGACCUCGACCAUGGUGAAGUGAAGCCGUGUCCACGAUGUUCCGUUCUCAUCGUGAAAGUGGAGGACGGCUCGUGCAACCAUAUGGUGUGCUGCGUGUGCGGCGCAGAGUUCUGCUGGCUCUGCAUGAAGGAAGUCUCCGAUUUACACUAUCUUAGCCCCAGCGGGUGCACGUUCUGGGGCAAGAAGCCGUGGUCUCGUAAGAAGAAGUUGCUAUGGCAGCUGGGCACGCUGGCGGGCGCGCCGCUCGGCAUCGCCGUGGUUGCGGGCGUGGCGCUGCCGGCGCUGCUCGUGGGGCUGCCGCUGUGGGCCGGCCGCCGCGCCCACCGCCGCUUGCGGCGCGCGCGGCCCGCUCGCCGCCGUCUCGCCGUCGCCGCCGCCGUUGCCGCCGCGCUGAUAGUGUCCCCGCUGGUGGCGGGGCUGGCGGUGGGCAUCGGCGUGCCGAUCCUGCUGUUCUACGUGUACGGCGUGGUGCCGGUGUCGCUGUGCCGCGCCGGUGGCUGCGCCGGCGCCGCGCCGCGACCCUCCGCGCCGUCCUUCGACGACGACCGCGACCACGCGCUCGACACCGACGCCGCGUCCAGGCGGCUCGAGCCUAGCAUAGGCGACGCGUCGCUGUCGGCGGGAUCUGCUCAAGCGGAGGUACGCGCGCCGUCACUAGCAGCGCUGGCUGGUUCACUUGGCGGACACGAGGCGGCAUCGCCCGCCGCGCACCGCCUCGAAGUGACCGCCGACGUAGCCGACCUGGCCGCGUCCGACACCGCGAGCGCCGCCAGCUGGCCCGACGAGCUGCCGUCGACGUCGUCCCGGUCGGCGCGGCUGCGCAGCCUCUUCCUGUACGGGUCGCCCGCGCCGCCGCCGCCGGACGCGGAGGCGGGCGGGGCGGGGCCCCCCGCGCCGCCCGCCGCGCCCGCCGCGCCCGCGCCGGCCCUGCUCACCGCCGCUUGCGAGACCGGGCCCUGCCCCGGCCCCUGCCCCGGGCCCUGCACCGCUGCGGACCGCGACGUCUCGUAACGACGAGACGUAAGCGACCGCCGCCUCCCAUCGUAGGCCGCUCAACCUAAUAGAGAGUAAUUGUAAACGCGUUCUCGUUCGAGUCGAAUCGCAAGUCUCCUUACAUUGAUCGCACUGUGCGAGCGUGUUUUUAGCGGUAGAUGGAUUUGUCGCGACGUUGCACCGCAAACGUUACGUUGCAGACUCGCGUUUGUAAUUAUACGUUUCCACUGAAACGUGGAUCGAGCAGUUCGUUGCGAAUAAAUUGCGUACUCAUAUAAAGCUAAGUGCACGCAGCGAACGUUUUAAAAGAUCGCUUCGCUCGAAAUACGCUCACAAUUAGUGCUCGAUAGCGCUCUUUUCGAGAACGAUAAUUCGCUAUUGUUAUAGUUACAAAAAUACAUAUAUCUUCUCCAUUCUAAGAUAGUAAGCUAAUAUUGUUUACAUUCACUCUCUAUUGUUAACGGUUGAACGCGACAGGACAGUUUGUCAGCUACGGACGUCGCUCCGUACGAUAGUGCGUCCGUGCAGUUUUGUGCGUUUUCCAAUUAGAUUCCUGUCUGUGGUAGAAGACCGAAGUCUGCCGUCCCCUUAUUCGGUCCCAGGGUAUAGUUCAGUCGCACCGAUAUAUGUGCCAAUCAUUAUUUGAAAUAUGAAAUAAAUCGCUCCGGUCUGCUGUCCAUGAUGUAUUGUUCUUAUAGUAGAUCCAAGAGGAUUUUGAGUAUUGAAGAAAUACUCACUUCUUAUAUUACUUUAAUAGUAUAACCUUUUUAUAUGUCAUAGUCAACUAAAAAUUCUUUUUUUUUUUUUCUUUUAAAUAAAUAACUGAACAAUCCAAUUUAGUCGUUAUCUAUAUGUCUGAUAUCUGUAUUUGUUAGUUUUCUAGUACCCAAAGUAUAAUAUUUUCUUAGUUUUCUUUUAUAUAUGUAUAUAAUAUAUAUUUGGUUGUAUAUAU